CCACGGUACAGUACGGUAAAACGCGAGACAGCUGGGCCACGUUGACAGCGUUGUAAUUUCAGGUGUUUUUGUUUAGCUGUUGUUAUAUUAUAUUAUAUAUUGUGGACUUAGGGGCUCUUCGAAAUAUUAGUAGGAUGAGUGUGGGUUUCAUAGGAGCGGGCCAGCUGGCCCACGCUCUGGUGAGAGGCUUCACAGCUGCAGGCGUGAUUGCCACCCACAGAAUCACAGCCAGUUCCCCAGACACAGAUCUCCCAACAGUACAGGGACUGCGGAAAAUGGGUGUGAAUUUCACCACCAGCAACAAAGAGACGGUGAGCAAGAGUGACGUCCUCUUCCUGGCUGUGAAGCCCCACAUCAUUCCUUUUGUACUGGAUGAGAUUGGAUCAGACAUUGAAGAUCGUCACCUUAUUGUGUCCUGUGCGGCAGGUGUCACCAUCAGCUCCAUAGAGAAGAAGCUGCAGCAGUAUCGUACUGCUCCAAAGGUAAUGCGUUGCAUGACCAACACUCCAGUGGUGGUGCGUGAAGGGGCCACCGUGUACGCCACAGGCACCCAUGCAGAGGUGGAGGACGGAAAGCUUCUGGAGCAGCUGAUGGCCAGCGUAGGAUACUGCACAGAGGUGGAAGAGGACCUGAUUGAUGCUGUUACUGGCCUCAGCGGCAGUGGCCCUGCUUACGCGUUCACAGCUGUAGAUGCUCUUGCUGAUGGUGGAGUGAAAAUGGGCCUACCCAGGAGAUUGGCUGUACGCCUUGGGGCCCAGGCCCUGCUGGGGGCAGCUCGAAUGCUUUUGGACUCAGAGCAGCACCCUGGGCAACUCAAGGACAAUGUGUGUUCACCAGGGGGCGCCACCAUCCACGCCCUACAUGUUAUGGAGAGUGGUGGUUUCCGCAGCCUCCUGAUUAAUGCUGUUGAGGCCUCCUGUGUUAGGACUAGGGAACUUCAGUUUUUGGCUGACCAAGAGAAGAUCUCCCCAGCUGCAAUAAAGAAAACAACUCUGGACAAAGUGCUGCAGCAGCCAGGAGUGACUGCAGAAGCUGUUGGAGUCAGACCCCGUGGGAUCAGUAUCUUCAACAACAGCAACCCCAGGACCAAGAAGAACUGAUAAUUUUUUGUCUGGCAGAAAAACUCCACACCUUCAUGUGACUUGUCACAUCACUGAUGAUGCAGUAUAUGCUGUCAACAAACCAAAACUGGCAGGUGAAUUUUGAGAUGUUUUCUAGAAAAAAAACAAUCAACUGAAUUUGGGUUUAAGGUUUGAGUUCCGUGCAAUCACAUCACUUCCCCCAGUCAGUUAAUGGGCUUUGAUAUAGAAUAAUAAUUUCAACAUGUAUUGUUGACACAGCUUUCUAAAUCUCAUUUUAUGUGGUCCUCUCCGAUGGUUUAGGUUUAUCAAAUGUUAGGUUUACCAGUUAACCAUACAGGCAGUGAUAUGCCUUGAAGCUCUGGACCAUGUUUUUAUGUCCUGCCACAGAGGUACAUGGUGGUGGGACAUUGUUGUUGUCCUGGAGUCUGUGACUCAUUCUCCUGAACACAAUAACACAAGAAUGCAAUCCAAUUGCUCGUCUUGAGGUGGUACUACAGUUCAGCUUGUAUUUAUACAGUUUCAAAAUUAUGUUCAAAUAUUUUACUACUUAAGAUUUUCUUAAAAUGUGUUCUUCUAUAUUUGAUGAUGUUUUCAAAACCUUGUAUUAUUAAAUAUAUAUGUACAUA